AUGGCUGAAACAGUAGAGGAAAAGCCCGAGUCAGUUUUAAAUCUAGAAGAUCUACUUCAAUGUCCAGUUUGCUAUGAAAUACCUUCUGGUCAAAUAUUCCAAUGCAAUGAGGGUCACCAUGUGUGUGGCAGGUGUAAGAUGCGUCUGGAUGUUUGCCCUGUGUGCAGAGCCUUUUUUUUUGGCACACGAAACUAUGCUAUGGAAGAACUUAUAGCCAACUUCAAGAGAGUUAAACAACUUAAAUCAAGCACGAAAACCUCUGAAUCGUCACAAAGCAGUUCACCUGCUGCAAUUAUUGAAACAUCUGACGCAGAAGUUGUAAUACAAUCACCAGAACUGGAAGAGCAAGAAAGUAGUGACAAUUCUUCUACGAAUAGAUUGCCCCCGCCUCUAUCCUGUCGGGGUCUGUAUCGUUGUCUUUGCUGCAAGCAAGGCAGUGUGCAACGUCUACCACUAGCCAGACUUCUGAACCAUUUACGGUACUUCCACCGUUCUGAUCUCAUCGAGGGCCGUACUGAAAAUGCGGAGUAUGUGCAAGCUUGGCAGUUUCCAACAAGCCCAGGUAGAAUAGUGACAGCAGUUCGAGUUGUUGAAAUGGGAAUUUUCUUCCUAGUCAUUGAAAUUGUUGAAGGCCAUGUAUUGCAUGCUUGGAUGACAAUGGCAGCCUCUUCUUGGGUCGCUAACGGCUUCAACUACUCACUUACAAUUUCUGGAAAUGACCGGGAAGCAAUUUUCACUGAUUACGUCUGGUCAGUAAAAUCUUGCGAGGGUACACUGAAAAAACAGAAACACACACUCAGCAUAACUGGAACAAAUGCAUCUGCAAUGCUUUCAUCAAGUACCAUGAGUGGCAAACUAUCACUCCGUCGACUGACAUUUGAAGAACUGCCAAACACCACUCAGCCCCGGAGAAUAAUCAGAGUUGCGCGUCGAGGAAACAGAACUGAUUCAUAUAACCUUGAACCAUUUCUGGACAAUCUGCAAAGUGAUGUUCAUUGGCUAACCCAAGCCUUUGCCACUUUAAGGCGUACAGCUAGUGUCUGGUCUGAAGACAGUAAUGCAAACCAAGAGGAAGAAGUGGAAAUAGAAAGUGAAGAGAUGGAAUUAAAUGAAAAUGAAACUCAGCCAUUAUCUAGAAGUGCAAGGAGGCGGAUGAGGAGACGGUUAAGGGCAGCCUUGGGUACCCCACGAACUUCAGACGAGUAUUAUACGAGCAAUAACAGAGAAAAUGGCAGCACAGUCAGUCUAUCGACUGGUCGUACAAGCCCAAUCAUAUCCACCCGAGGUGCCAGUCCCAGUGCUAGAUCAAGUGCCAUUGCUAGUAGGCCUACCAAUGCUAAUACUUCAGGUACUUCUAGCGCUGGUGUUGCCAAUUCUCGCAUACCUUCAAGCCCCAUUGUAGUGCAAACAGGUAUUGCCAUCGUCCAAGAUGCACCAGCCUCCCAACCGUCUGCAUCAAACGGCCAACCUCAGGCUAAUAGACGAAGAAGGAAACCGCGACACCGUAGAUAA